ACGAUACUUUUGCCUUUGUACUAAUAACGUCACCAUUUUGACAUUAUGUUUUCAAAACAAAACCCAAAUUCCAAAGUAGGUGCCUUUAUUAAUAUAAUCACAACCUAACAAAUUGACUAAUAAUUAACUUAAGAUUUAGUUUUGUAUAAACUAAAUUACAAUUUCAAUCAUUGAAAAGAAAUAUGUUGUGUCCAGAAGUAUGGGAUUUCCCGCCACCUAAAGUUUAUUGUACGUCGAAUAAAAGUAUAACAUUAGAAUCGGUACAGAAGUUCAUCAAAAUGAAUGAUUAUUAUCAAAGUAUUAUAGUUACAUGCCCGGAUACUACACAGAUGCCGAGUUUCAUCAAAGACACAAUUACGGAGGACAGUGUAUACUACAGAAUAAAUGAUUGUUCGCUUAAGGAAAUAAUUGAACCUAUUUUUAUAAAUACUUUUGUUAAAAAUGGAUACUUGUAUUGUUUAUCAAGUGAAAGAAACUGUGUCAUACAAAAUUGCUUUGCUGUAACGCCGGAGGGAAUUCUGAUAUUACACAUUCUAGAAUAUGAUUUUCAAACACUAGGAUUUGAAGGCCACAAGCGCCCUCAUAAUUACUAUGAGGUAUCAAUAAAAUUGAAAGAAAUAAAAAAUUAUGAUAAAAUACGUCAAGGUCUUAAGAAGUUGGGGAAAUUUGAUUUUGAUGUUAUAUGGGAGCCGACAAAUGAAGAUAUUUGUCCAUCAACCAUAGCUAAGUAUUUUCAUGAACUUAACUACAAAGUAGCUGCAAAAUCUCCAGUUUUGAAAACUGUAUCACCUACCAUAACUGAAAUACCAUCAGUUUCACAUGCCAGUAUCGAUGAAUUGGUUGAGUGGACUGGAAUACUUGCUCACAAUGGUAACCUGUCACAGCACGAGACAUACAUUAGUACUUACUGUCCACCUGAGAGUGAAUGUUCAUUACAUUCAACAAACAUUUCAGUUAUAAUUGUUGAAGGUUACUUCUCACCUACUGUAUUACAAAAGCUAUGCAACAUUAUAACAGAUUAUGUAAAAUCUAGAGACUUGGAUGGUUAUUGGGCAUCAAUCAGUAUACAAAGCUGCAAUCAUAGCUAUUGGAGAUGGAGUUAUAGCAGUCCCAAGAUGUUUCAAAGUCAUGAUUCAAGUUGUAAUAUAUUUUUUAGUCAUGAAAAUAAUAUGUUAUAUUCAAUUGGACAGUUAAUAUAUUCAUAGUAGUUGUGAAUUGUGACAGCUUAUAUUGUCCAAAAAUGAAUUUUAUUUUGUGCAACUGUUGCUCAUAGAUAAUGUUUAUUUGGUAAUAAUAAAAUUAACAAUUUCUCACAA